AACUUCCGCUCCCUACAUUCAUCGACAGAGUACCAUCUUGCUGUUUAUUUAAUCUUUGCCGUGGACCGGCAUUUUCCCACAACACCCCGCUCCUACUCUCACAGAUGACGAAAAUGGCGGACAACGCAUCAUCGGUCGAGAUUGUUGAGGGCUGUCGCCUUCCCGUUCUUCGUAAAAACCAAGAACACGAAGACGAAUGGCCGUUGGCUGAAAUUUUAAGUGUGAAGGAAGUCUCUUCAAGAAAGCUUUACUAUGUUCACUAUAUCGACUUCAACAAGCGCCUGGAUGAGUGGGUCACAGGGGACAGGCUGGACAUGAAGAAGCUUCAGUUUCCUAAGAAAGAAGCUAAAACGCCAACCAAGAACGGCCUUCCAGGCUCCCGUCCCAGUUCUCCAGAGAGAGAAGUGAGAAAGAGUCUAGAUCUCAACGUACAGUCGGCCACGGCUCCUUCCAGAGGCAAAACCCUCCCCACACCGCUGUCAAGUCACGCUGAACUGCAUGGGAAUCCAGAAAUAAACAACCAUGAAAUUAAAAAGGAAGAUCCUGAGCCGGUCGUGCAGAUCACUUCUGGAAGUGGUUUGACCCACAGUGUGACCAAAUGUUUGUCCGGUGUGUGCACUGGACUUGUCAAGCCACAUUUCAAGUCUUUCAAGAAGAGAAAAGUAGAAGCCGUCCCCAUGGCGACUCAGGUACCACCGGCCCCCCCUGUGCCCUCCCUGCCGAGUUCAACCGAAGCCUCUCAGGCGUCUGUUUUUCCUGCUGUGAGGGAGCCCAGCACUUUCAAGUCCCGCGAAGACCAUGAACCGAUCUCCUUGCUCACAACGAACGGCAAUGCCCGGCGACUCAUUCCCUCGCAGCCUGGUAGGAAGAGAAAAGCCAAUUGUGGGGGAGCUGAUGAGAUGAUAAAGGUUUUGCAGUAUAACAACCCUCAAAGUGCCAGCGUCUUUCUUCCACCACCGGAGGAUUCCCAAGACAGCUCAGACGGCAUCCCGUCAGCACCCCGCAUGACGGGCAGCCUUGUGUCUGACCGCAGCCACGAUGACAUCGUCACCCGGAUGAAGAACAUCGAGUGCAUAGAGUUGGGGCGGCACAGACUGAAGCCCUGGUACUUCUCACCGUACCCACAGGAGCUCACCACUCUGCCCAUCCUCUACCUCUGUGAAUUCUGUCUCAAGUACCUGAAAAGCCUGAAGUGUCUCCAGAGACAUUUGACUAAAUGUAAUCUAAGACAUCCGCCAGGCAACGAGAUCUACCGCAAAGGCACCAUCUCAUUUUUUGAGAUCGACGGCAGGAAAAACAAAACUUACUCCCAGAACCUGUGUUUACUCGCAAAGUGUUUCCUGGACCACAAAACCCUGUAUUACGACACAGACCCUUUCCUCUUCUAUGUAAUGACCGAGUACGACUCCAAAGGCUUCCACAUAGUCGGCUACUUUUCAAAGGAAAAAGAGUCGACUGAAGAUUACAACGUAGCCUGCAUCCUCACCUUGCCUCCCUACCAGCGGAGAGGCUACGGCAAGCUGCUCAUUGAGUUCAGUUACGAGCUGUCAAAGGUGGAAGGGAAGACGGGGACUCCUGAGAAGCCGCUGUCUGACUUGGGUCUUUUGUCGUAUCGCUCCUACUGGUCCCAGACCAUCUUGGAGAUCCUCAUGGAUCUUAAACCCGACAACGGAGAAAGGCCGCAGAUUACAAUCAAUGAGAUCAGUGAGAUCACAAGUGUUAAGAAAGAAGACGUCAUUUCAACGCUACAGUACCUAAACCUCAUCAACUAUUACAAGGGUCAGUACAUCCUGACUCUCUCAGAGGACAUUGUGGACGGUCACGAAAGAGCGAUGCAGAAGAGACACUUGCGUAUAGAUCCAAAAUGCCUUCACUUCACACCAAAGGACUGGAGCAAGAGGGGCAAGUGGUAGAGGCCCGGUCAGGCUCACUGAAACCCCUCCCCCUCCCCCUCCCAAACUCGCCAUAUAGCGGACUCGAAGCAAACAGUGGCUCAGAUCAAGGCUUUCGUUGAACAGCCUCAAAACCUUUUUCAAGCCAGGACUAUUUUUCAGAUAAGACAUAAUAAACUUAGAUUGUCAACUUUUAUUGUGAAUACUCCUUGUAUAUUGUGACUUUAAAAAGGAUAGACUGAUUAACCGUGACACCGCCAAAAUUGACAGCACACCUUCUACUGUGUAAAAGAUCCUGUUUAUGACCGAUGUGCGUUUAAAAGUCAGACACGUUUGUUUAAUAGUGUAAUGUAUGUGGCAAACUGACUGACCAACUAAUGGAAACAAUAUUGUUUUAUACAUCAUUUCAUCGGUUGACUCAUCCACAUUAUGUAAGAAAAAAAAAAGGAAACACACAAAGGGGAUUUAUCUUUUAAAUUCAACAAGGAAAGGAGAUGUUAAAUAAUGUGAUUUGUCUACAUGCUUUGUAUCUGCCGCACAAAGUGGUGUUAAAUUUGUUGUCCAAAUUAUUAAUGUACUACCCAAAAUGUAAAAUUCAAUGUGUGACACUUUAUUUCAAUCCCUUUGGUCUAAAUGUAAAAAGUACAAUACUUGGGUGUCUCUUUAAACACCAGGACAGCCGUGCAGAGUAUUGUCUCCACUUUCUACUUUGGGUACAUUUCUGUACAAACUGUCCAGGAAUGAAAAUGUCUCUCCAACACCUGUUCCUGCAAACGCAUGAUUCAAUUGUUAUGCAAUAGAAUACAAACUGCUAAACAAGUCACUCGUAUUAAAAGCGACUCAAUGAAAAUAGGACUGUGACAUUAAACAGCGGGACGAUAAAAGGAACACAAUUUAAGGACCACAAAAGUUCUAAUUCUCACAGUAACUUUGAAGUUUAUGGUGAUUCUCCUCCAGUGCCUAGUUCUGUUUUAACUAGCUGCGUGGCCAGAAACGUUCUAGUGGUAAUGUGGCUUACUUGUAGAAAGAAAAAUAUAUGUUUUUAAAUAAACAGCCAAAACAGCUUGGCUGCAGAAAACCCUUUUAAAGAGAUACCGUUGAUGUUGCUUGAGAGGAACGUGGACGAUUUGGGUUUGUUAUCUUUCACAGUCUGUUUUCAUAUCCCUGUUUGAAAUAGUAUUUAUGCUCUUUGUGAUCAUUCGGGAGAUUCUUCCUUUUUAUGAUAUAAUUCAGUCUCUGGAUCAUCGGUGUGCAGCGAGACAAAUCAAUUCCUUGUUAACAUGUAUGUUGCUCAUUACUGGACCUGAUUGUAAGAAAAAAAAAAAGUCAAAGACUGAAGCCAUGUUGAACUGUUGGAGGAAUGUAAAUUUUGUGUACAGUUGUCUUUUGUGUCUUUUUUUUAACUUAAUGUAAAGUAACUGGCCGCACAAUAUCAACAGGAAAUGGAACAUAAAAAUGGUAUCUUUCCUUCAGUUUGCGUUUUAUGUUUACAUGUCACAAAGGUUAUGGAAUUUACCCUGUUUAAAGGAUUUAGUAAAUCUUUAAGCGAAACACAGUGUACAGUAUGAUUUGAACGUUUAAUAUAAAAAGGUUCUUGAAUUGAGAUAAAGAAAAGAAUGAAAAACA